CAAACUGUAUAUAUUUUAAUACUUGUUAUACAGUGUCGUCCAGUUUGUUUAAAUAAAUAUUUUGUCUAUGAUUCUCUUUUUACUAGCGCAACGAUUUUUUAAAUGUUUAAAUUGAUUAUUCUUUCAAACCAUAUUUUGUCACUGCAUGUUGGUCUCUGGUUAUCUCUGUUGUGCAGAAAUGUGCACUCUCAUUCUGGUGUAUCGAUGUUUGGUAAACAUUUUGGUGCAGAAGUUUGCGAUAAUUCCGAUGAAAGUUCUUGCAAUACCAAGCGCCAUUGCUGGGGGUAUGAGAAUGGUUGUACAAAGCCACAACAAUGGUAUUUAAAACCAAAUUGUAAUGAUGAGCAAGGCUAUCGAAGAUUUGAAACUAUGGAAGACAAGAGAAAUGCAUGGUGGAGACAAGCUGAUUUUGGUUUUGUGAAAAAUGUUCAAGAUAGUCUUGUACCAAUUUGUUUGGCAAAAAGAGAGAAUGACUCCUCAUUUGUUUGCUCAAAAGACAUUACGUACUGUCAUGCAAAACAUUUGUUUUUGGAUUUACGAAGUAUGCAAAAUAGUCAUGGAUGGCUAAGAGAUAAUAAAUUAAAGAAAGGAGAAAUUGGCGGUCAUUGUCAAUACAAUUAUUUACCCUCACCGACAGAAAAUAAGGAUGCUCAUCGGAUGACUCUUUCAUCUUGGAUCAGUGACAUUGAGAAUUAUUCGUCAUUACCUUUCCAACCUACAAAUGAUAACCAUUGUGAUGUGAUUGUUGAAAAGCCAACAUAUUUUAUGAAACUUGAUGCAGUUGUGAACAUGUAUCAUCAUUUUUGUGAUUUUUUCAACCUUUAUCUGACUUUACAUGUCAAUGGAUCUUUUAGCAAAGAUAUUAACAUUGUACUAUGGGAAGAAAACAAAAGACGUAGCUUGGGAAAUUUUGGAGUAACUUGGAAAGCAUUUACUGACAAUGAAGUUCUCUAUUUGGGCGAUGCAUUUCGAAAUAAAAAGGUGUGUUUUAAAGAUGCAAUAUUUGCUUUACUGCCAAGAAUGGUAUUUGGACUGUUUUAUAACACGCCUCUGGUACCUGGCUGCUUCAAGACCGGUGUUUUUAAAGCUUUCAAUCGCUUUUUAAUGGAACGACUUCAGAUAACGCAAGAGAGAAACGUCACGAAUCUUGAUCAACCAAUUCGUAUUGGCUUAUUAUCAAGAGGAACUGCAUAUCGAAAAAUUUUAAAUCAAAACGAAAUUGAGAAAGCUCUUGGAGGUCUUGUGGGCACUCGCUUUGAAGUUCUCAAUUACAAUUGGAAGAUGCCUUUUAUUGAUCAAAUAAAGAACAGUCAUAAUUUGGACAUAUUUAUUGGCCUGCACGGAGCAGGUCUUACUCACUUGUUGUUCAUGCCAGAUUGGGCAGCUGUCUUUGAGAUAUAUAACUGUGGCGAUCCAAAUUGUUAUAAAGAUCUUGCAAGAUUAAGGGGCCUAAACUAUUACACUUGGGAAAACGAAGAUAAGCUCGUGGAAAAAACGGAGAAUAAGCACGAAAAAUAUGGCGAUAAUUUGAAGUUUAGAAAUUUUGCAUUUAAUGUCGAAGAGUUCAUGAGGAUUGUUACAUUAAUGGUGGAGAAAGUACGACUUAACUUACGUCAUCAUGAAGACAUUUGAUUUGUGAAAACAUGAAGUAUUGUGUAGAAUUUUUUCUCUUUAUAGUGAUGGUGCAAAUUUGUGGCUGGUACACUGCCCUUAUAGUAUUUUACCAUUAAGACAAUUGUUUAGAGUCAAAAUUUAAUUUAAAGUAGAAUUGAGAUGCACGCGCGUACUUUCACUAUUUUUAUGCAUUUAAGUGAUCUAUUGCUAUUAUGAUAAUUUUAUUGAAUAA